AUGGAGGUGGGCGACGGUGACAAGGUGGGCGACGAUUACAUGCGGCCGCACAUCAAGCUAGAACAAGUCCAAGACCGACCAGUUCAGAGUAUCGUCGCAUUCCGAGGAAACUCCGAUCCAUUCAAUUCCACGCCCGUCCCCAUCACCUCACGUAUCAAUCAGAUCAUGGACUUUGAGCGACGAUGUGUCUUUCCCGUCAUCCAAGGUCCCGGCCCUCGUGCCCAGGCCCAGGCCAAGGGCAACAUCCUUCCAUCAUGGUCGACGUUCACGUCGGACUCGCUGUGCGAUAAUAUCACCGCACUCGCCUUCCUGUCGACGCCCUUGACCCUGAUCUCCCAAUCUUCACCCGACUCUUCUCUCCUCAGACUAUCCCUCGUGCAUCGGUACAAGGCCCUGAAUGCCCUGCAGACGUAUGUGCGAGACCAGGGCCAGCCUCCUCUGCAUGUCUUGAUGCACUUUCUUGUCGCCGAGAUCUGGGCAGAGAAUUGCGAUGAUGCUCUAGCCCACCUCCGCAUGGCUAAAUACAUUAUGGAGUCUCAAAUCCGAGAGAAUCCAGCGAGUAUCGUCCCGUACAAAUGGAUUAGUGUGUUUCAGAUGGACAUACACCGCGCCGCUUUGUCAUUGACGAAGACUCUGCUACCCAUGGACGGGUGGGGGACGAAACCCUUUGAAGUGCCCUUGCCUAUUAUGGACGUCUAUACGGACAUAUGUUUGAAGGGGACAAUACGCGCUCUGUUUAUCGAACUGCAGCAACUGGGUGCCCUUUAUGACAUUUUCGUCCGCGAUCCUUCCCACCGACCUACCUCCUGGAACCUCAUGCGGAUGCGGACGCUGUUGCUGAUCGGCCGGGCAAUCAACCAUGCGGUCGAUGGUAGCGACGUCUCAGCAAGCCUCGCACUCGCCUACAUCCUCAAACUAGUCAGUGGGCUGGAGAACAUCCCGGUGGGGGCCACGGCAAUAUACAAAGCGGGCCCCAAGAUGCUGGGCCGUGUACGAUCAGCUCUCGGUGAGGAGACCCUGCACCCCCGCCUGAGGCUGUGGGUUCUAUACGUUGGCGCUCUGAGCGGGGACGACUGGUUUACUCGAGCAUUUGACGAACAAACAGUCCUGAUGGGCGUUGACACGUGGGAGACGUGCAAAGAGAUCCUAUCCAAGUUCUAUCUCCCAAAGGACGAACCCCAGAUCCACUUCCACGCCAUGUUUGACUCGCGGCUGAGCAACAAGAUUGUGGAACUGACCACUGCGUUCGACGACGUCAAAUUGCACGCCGCCGUACAAGAAUAA